AUGGCCACCCCUCCUCCUUCGUCUUCCGACUCCAACCCGUCAUUCUCCAUGUCCGCAUACAUGAUGCCUUCACAGCAGGACUCCUUCGCCUCGGACUCGGACCUAGAGGAUGACGUCGCUUCUCUACCUUCAGUGUCAACAAGUGACUCAGAUAUGGAAACCCUCUCCGACGACUACUCCGACGCCGAGGCGGAAUGGCGGGAAAGCAUCGAACAAUUGGAGCUGAUGUUGACGAUGGUCCUGGUGCCUUUCGUCGGCAAAUAUCUCGGUCGCCGCUGUGCAUACUGGAGCUGGACGAGGUUCAUGCAGUGGAAAUACCCUGUGGAGGUGACCAUUACCAAUCCCGGCUUGUUCAAGGGCGCCGGUGUCAUCGAGGCGGCCGCUACUUUGUAG